AGGGGCGGCGGCUGCGCACCCGGAAGAGCCGUCGGCGGAGCGAACGCCAAAGGCGGCGGACGGGGCCCUGACAUGGACAAGCUGAAGAAGGUGCUGAGCGGCCAGGACACCGAGGACCGCAGCGGUCUGUCCGAGGUUGUGGAGGCGUCAUCACUAAGCUGGGGCACCAGAAUAAAAGGCUUCAUCGCAUGCUUUGCUCUAGGAAUCCUGUGCUCACUGCUGGGUACUCUUCUGCUGUGGGUGCCCAGGAAGGGACUCGGCCUCUUUGCAGUGUUUUACACCCUGGGUAACAUCACAUCAAUCGGGAGUACCAUCUUCCUCAUGGGGCCAGUGAAGCAGCUGAAGCGUAUGUUUGAGCCUACACGUCUCAUCGCCACAAUCCUGGUGCUGUUGUGUUUUGCACUUACCCUGUGCUCUGCCUUUUUGUGGAAUAAGGGACUUGCACUCAUCUUCUGUAUUUUGCAGUCUUUGGCCUUGACGUGGUAUAGCCUUUCCUACAUCCCAUAUGCAAGGGAUGCUGUGAAGAAGUGCUUUGCUGUGUGUCUUACAUAACGCACUGCCAGUGUGCAGGGAGCACUGUGGAUGGAAGCUGGUGGACAGUUCUGUAAAUGCCCUCUGAACCUCUCUCUCACAGACACGUGCCUUUACUAGCAGCAGUGUGUUGCUUGCAAUUUGGACAUUUUUGAGGGUUGCCUGUGGGAGCAGACACAAUGUGAGACAACUCUCCUUGUGACUGUUAUCCUCUGGGAGGUACUCCACCGAGUUCUCACAGGACAGUCUGUCUAAUAGCAGCACAUAAACCUCAGGAGGCACUGAUUCCCAGGCAGCAGCAGGAAGGUCUAGCAGGGUCUCCAAGAAAACCAUUGCUACAGCCCCACACAGCGUCUUCCCUGAUGUUUGAGAACAAGUGAUUCUGCCUGUCCUAAGACCCCUGGACGCCUGCCCUGGAUACAUUGUUCCUUUUUCUGGAUGGCACCUUCUUGCUGUUCUGAAUUCAGCUGACUAUGGAAUGUAUUUAUAGUGUUCAAUGUGGAUUCUUUCUCUUGCCCUCACCUCCUAUGUCUUGUCUUGUGACCUUGUGAUACUGGUUAAUUGAGAGUGAAGUAGUGAUCUAAAAUGCUAUUUCCUUUUGGACGAGAGCCAUUUGAAAGUGAAAAAUCUUCAUGUUCCUUGCUUUGUUUAUUUGCCUUCAUUAUUUAUAAAUGUUUACUUUCCGUUCUUUGCUGGAGUUGGGAUAAGGAAAGUGCAUGGAAGACAGAUCCCUUGUGGGCCUUCAAGAAGUAGGCAUGCCUGCCAAGCAACCUAAAUGGUCCAGCAUUGACACUCAGCCCACACUGGACAUUGGCGGUCAGCCUGUAGGUGGUCAUGCUGCAGCCUAGUGCCUAACCACACACAGCGUCCUUGUGUUGGGGAUCUUGUCUGGUCCUCAUGAGAGCCAUGUGAGUUGUCUCACUGCAGUCAAGGACCAGAGCUCAGAUUGGUUUCCAUAUCACCUGGAGCUCCAGCUGUGGCCUGAUGCUCAGUCUUCGUUAUGACGCUGAGUCUCCUGGCAUGGCUCUGCUCAGAGCCUGUGUCACCUCCUGGCCUUUUCUGAUUUCAGCAUCACUUGUGCUGCCUUCUACCUGCACCCCCAUUUUGCUUUUUGGCAGCUUACCUCUGCAUCUGGAUGGCCACCAUCCCAUGGUCCCUUUCAGCUGCUCAGUGUGUCCCUGGCGUCAUCAGUGCCCUGUCUUGACAGUUUGAGGUCCUGGCAGUCUAGGUUUGCCCUUUGCUCUUUGCUCAGGGCCAGCUGUUCCAUCCUGACCUCUGUUUUGUCACUGCCAGGCCACAGGAGGUGAGCACUCGUCUCUGCGGUUGUGGCCAGUUGCUGAACUGUGGCUAAUGACUCUUUUUCUUCUGAGAUGGAGUAGUAUGGAUAGGCUGAUGAGGAAUGAAGUGGAGGGUAGCUCAGUCUUUCAGGAUUCUUGUCAUGCUGUUGAAGGCAUCUACAACCUGUCUUCUGUCAGGAAGCAAAAUUACAUGCUACUCUCUGGCUCUGUGAGGCACAUUCAUGUCCUAAGAGCCUUGGGAAUCGGUUCAGGUCUCAGAAGGGCUCAGGUGUGAGAAGGGCCGUUGGGGAGUUUAAGGGUACCCAUGGUUCCUAGCUGACAUGAGGGUAGGGUCAUUGCUGUAAGCUCCAACUACCUUGUGGUCAUGUACUUAAAAGGCUGACCUCUCCACGCCCUUGUCGGUGACAGGGCUUGAGCCCAGGUAUCUUUUAAAGAUGUUAGCAAGACUGAAUAGCAUAGCAGUGUAAAUGUGGGCUUCGAAAAUAAGCAGGUCCAGGUGUGAGCUGUGGUCCAGUCACAUGCUGGUUGAGUCCUUGGAAAUUACCUAAUGUUUGGUUCCUCAGUUUCACUGUUUCCAAAUAGUGGGCUGACAAAUCCUGCUGGCUUGCUGGAGGAUGCCAGUGAAACACAAUGUGUCAAGUGCUUGGUGUGCGCACAGCAAGCCGAGUCUCCAUGAACUAACUGAUGAGUGCUUUCGGUGACAGGAUGGGCGCGUGCCCAUCAGUUUGUCUAGCAUAUUUAAUUCUGUGUCCAUCACUGUAGACUGCCGUGCAUUGCCUCACUGAAUGCUCACAGUGACUCAGACAACGCACUGCACUGCCUUCAUCAUCAUAAAGUAGUAGUGGCCUCAGAAACUCCAACCAGCAGGGGCAUCAGUGAAGAGGCUCUAGACUGAGAUCAAGUCUGAAUAAAAGGCUUUGGCCUAAUUCCUACAGCCUGAGGCCGGUUUGCCUCCACAGCUUGAGUCUGGACACAUUGAAGCAGCUUUUGGAUGACUGUCUUCUAGAAUCUUCUAGACUCCCAAAUUUUUUUCUUCAGUUGCCUUAUCCCUUGGUUGUGUCUGACCCUGCUUUUGUUGGACUGUGGAAGGAAGAAAGCCACUUCAAAUCUGUGAAAGUUUCCUACCAAGCCAGCAGUAGUGACUAAAAGCAACUUAGUAAGGCCGAAGUGGAGAAUUAGCCUCUGACUAUGGCUGUUGUCGUUGUCUGUUUCUUCUCCUCACCCUUCAUUCUUCCCCAUUCACUGCCCAGUGAGCAGUGCCUCACUGUAUUGCCAAGCGAUGGAAGCAGUGAGUGACCACUGUAGAGGUAAUGUGCUCCUCAGUCAGGCUGUUUCCAGGUGUGGGGACAUCAGGCCUGCUGCUGCCUUCCCUGGGGUGCAGUCUGUGGAGUGCUGCACUGAGAACAGCAUUAUGCCUUCUGGACCAGGAGAGUAGCUUCAGGUGGCCUUGGCUGGUCCUCCCUCUACUUCCUGCUGAUUGUUGGGACGCUGUGGGGGUGGGUGCCUGCUCACUGGAUUCUGUCUCUCUCACAGUCCUUUUUCACAGACCAAGCUCUAAGGGAGCUUUUGUCUCUCCUGCUCCUCUGUAUGGCUGCUGCUCAGACCCCAGCUCUAGGCAUCUUGUCUUGGGGAAGGGUGAGAUACAUUCCCAGCUUGGCAUUUUCACCAUGGAGAUGGUCUCAGUGCUUGAGUGUCUGUUACUCUCAUGGUGACUUUGUGGAUUAUGUCUUAAUUGCCACCUCCCAUCCACAUAGUCACUGUAGGCUGAGAGAACAAGAAAUGAAAUUACAAACUGCAUUCCACAUAAAAUUACUUUUUAAUACACUCAUUAGAAUAAAUAAUUAGCAUCAGGGCAGUAUCUGAAACAGAAGUGAAGGGCCAGGCUGGUUUGGCUUUUGUUGUUGGUAUCCCUGUGAGUGACAGGUUUUGCCAUGUACAGGAGGAGACUUGGUGGAAUGAAUUGGUCAGUCGAGGUGCACUCAUGACUGGAUUUCCUUUCCUGUGUGCACCCUUCUGCCUUUACUCUUCCUCUGGUCACUUCUCAGUAGAGUCAGUUACAUACCCUUUGAAUUUACAACCUAAAACUUAUUUCUAGUUAAUUAAAAAAAAAUCAGUGUUUAAAGCAGUAUAAAGAUGCCUGCUAGACUGUGUGGCAGUUUUGUUUUUAAUUUUCAAGUUAUUUUUUUAUAAGCUUAAUAAUAUGCUAUAGCUUACAGAUAACAUCCUUUUACCAGUGAAUGAACCUUAGCAGAAAUUUAUUGCAAAUACACAUUUUUCCCCUAGAAGUCUAAAUUGCUUAGGAAGUUUUAUUAAAAGGAUUGCUUAGGGCGUGAUCUUAAAGUACCUGCCAAUUCAUUUUUUGCUUUGAGAUCUUGUGUGUUUUGAGGCUAGCGAAGGGGGAACGCAGUGGAGUUUGUUUAAUCCCACUUUACUUAGGAUGGGGUAUUUUCUUUGAGUAUGUCCAGCCCUGCUGUGACAUAUGGGAGACAUUUGAAAUUAGCUGGUAGUGGAGCCUUUGUUCUUAUAAGUUGACAACAUAAAGUCAGAUCCCUUCUAGCACAGCUGCUAACUGACGAAGUAGACUUGGGUAUGCACAGAAUGACUUUCUGCAACCAGAGAAAAGUAGGCCCAGUGUAUAGGAAUUCUGUUAAAAGAUGAGAGGUCAGCCCAUGGCAUCAUAACAAAUACUGACAUAUGCUCUCUACUCAGAAUAAUGGCGUUGCUGUAUGGAGUGCUUGCCUAGCAUGCAUGGGGCCCGGGGUUCAAUCCCUGGAAAUGCAUACACUGGCCACAGGGGUGCAUGACUAUUAUCCCAGCACUUGGGGAGGUAGAGGCAGGAGGAUCUAGAGUAGACCCUAUCUUAAAAAAAAAUCAAAUGAAAUCUGGUGUUUGGGCCAAUGCACAUGGCUCUGUCUAUUAAAUGUUCAAAAAGAAAGUUUUUUUCUGGCUUUUUCAUUGUGUUUGCUUAACUUGAAUAUGGCAAGAUUAAAAAAAAAAUAGCUCCAUGAACUCUGUCCUUGUAAUUCUGAUUGUGAAGUUGCUAGUGAGGGUGUGCAGAGUCAGUGAUGAAGGCACUGGGGCACAUUCCCCAGCAGGAAAACCACAUCCAAUUGUCUGUGGUGGCCUUGUAUGCCUUCAGAACAUUGUACCUAUUCUAAUAACAGCUUUUUAAACACUUUGUCUAAAAAAAAAAAAUAAUAAUUUUUAUAAUUGCAUAGGUGUAGUUGAUUUUGAAUGCUACUGAUUGUAUAACUGAAUUUUUAUAUGCAAAAACAUAUUCUUGAGUACCGCCUUUUCUGUCUUGAGGAUGUGGUUCAUAUGUUUUCUUUCUACUCACGUCAGAGAGAAAGAGUGUUGCUGGAGAGUUACCUCUCCCUUUCACAGCUAUUUCCUCCCUUUUCUCCAAUAAAUGAUCCAUCAUGAUCCUUAA